CACUUCCAUCUCAAAAUCAGUUAUCGUCAAUCGCAAGAAAAUUUCAAAGGAAUUUCGAAAGCACAGUUCGGAUUCAUUCUCCUCUCUCAAUCGCGAAAUUUCUAGGGUUUAAUUUGGUGAAGGUUCAUCAAUGGCGGACGUAGGAACUGGUGAUGCAGAGACUUUCGAAUUUCAGGCUGAAAUCAACCAGCUUCUUAGCCUUAUCAUCAACACUUUCUACUCUAACAAAGAGAUUUUCCUUCGUGAACUCAUCUCCAAUUCUUCAGAUGCGUUGGAUAAGAUUAGGAUGGAGAGUUUGACGGAUCAGAGUAAGCUUGAUGCGCAGCCGGAGUUGUUCAUAAGGCUCGUUCCUGACGAAGCGAACAAGACCUUGUCAAUUAUUGACAGUGGUAUUGGUAUGACUAAAGCAGAUUUGGUAAACAAUUUGGGUACAAUUGCCCUAUCUGGCACCAAGGGAUUCGUGGUGGCUCUGCAAGCUGGUGCAGAUGUUAGCAUGAUUGGUCAAUUUGGUGUUGGUUUCUACUCAGCUUACCUGGUUGCUGAGAAGGUCAUCGUGACUACCAAGCACAAUGAUGAUGAACAGUACGUUUGGGAGUCUCAAGCUGGUGGUUCCUUCACUGUUACCAGAGACAUUACUGGUGAACAACUUGGCCGUGGUACUAAGAUCACUCUCUACCUCAAGGAAGAUCAGUGGGAGUAUUCGGAAGAGAGAAGAAUCAAGGAUCUUGUUAGAAAACACUCCGAGUUCAUCAGCCACCCAAUCUACCUCUGGACUGAGAAAGAGGUCAGUGAUGACGAGAACGACAAAAAGAAGAAGAAGAUCGAGGAGGUAUCUCAUGAAUGGGAACACAUCAACAAACUGAAACCAAUUUGGAUGCGAAAACCCAAAGAAAUCACCAAGGAAGAUUACACUGAAUUCUACAAAACCUUAACCAAUGACUGGGACAACCACCUUGCUUUCAAACACUUCUCAGUAGAAGGUCAAGUCCAGUUUAAAGCCAUCCUCUUUGUUCCAAAGCGUCCCCCCUAUGAUAUUUUCGACACUCGAAAGAGGCACAACAACAUCAAGCUCUAUGUUCGAAGAGUGUUCGUCAGUGAAAGUAAUGUGGAUAUUAUGCCUGAGUACCUCAACUUUGUCAAGGGUGUGGUCGACUCUGAUGAUUUACCACUCAACAUAUCUCGUGAGAUGCUGCAACAGAACAAGAUUCUGACGGUGGUUAGGAGGAAUCUGGUGAAGAAAUGUCUCGAGAUGUUUAAUGAAAUUGCAGAGAAUAAGGCUGAUUAUUGUAAGUUUUACGAGUCGUUCUCGAAGAAUCUUAAGCUGGGUAUUCAUGAAGAUAGCCAAAACAGGACUAAGCUUGCUGAGCUUUUGAGAUAUUAUUCAACUAAGAGUGGUGAUGAUAUGACUAGCUUGAAGGAUUAUGUGGAGAGAAUGAAGGAAGGUCAGAAGGAUAUUUACUAUAUUCCUGGUGAAAGCAGAAGGGCUAUUGUGCAUUCUCCCUUUUUAGAGAAGUUGAUGAAGAAAGGUUAUGAGGUUCUGUACAUGGUUGACCCCAUUGAUGAGUACUCAAUUGGACAGUUGAAGGAAUACAAUGGAAUGAAGCUCGUUUCUGCAACCAAAGUAGGGCUGAAACUUAAUGAAACUGAGGAAGAAAAGAAGGUAAAGGAAGAGAAGAAGCACUCUUUUGAGGAUUUAUGCAAGGUUAUUAAGGACAUUUUAGGUGAUAAGGUUGAGAAAGUUAUGGUUUCAGACAGGAUUGUUGAUUCCCCUUGUUGUUUGGUAACAGCUGAGUAUGGUUGGAGUGCGAAUAUGGAGCGGAUAAUGAAAGCUCAAACGUUGAAUGAUAGUAGUUUGGGUGCUUACUUGUCGACUAAGAAGACUAUGGAGAUUAACCCUGAUAAUGAGAUUAUGAAGUCGUUAAAGAAACGAGCUGAGGUUGAUAAGAAUGAUAAGUCUGUUAAGGAUCUUGUUAUGUUGUUGUUUGAGACUGCAUUGCUGACUUCUGGGUUUAGUUUGGCAGAUCCGAAUGUGUUUGCGGGUCUGAUUCAUAGGAUGUUGAAGGUUGGGUUGAGUAUUGAGGAGGAAGAUGAUGCUGAGAUGCCUGAGUUGGAGGAAGUUGGUGAUGUGGAAAGUAAGAUGGAGGAGAUUGAUUAAGGUGAUUGUUGAUUUGAAUAAGAGAUUUUUGGACAAGGAUUACUAGUUGUGUUUACCACUUUACCCUUUACCUAAAGGCCUGAUAGUAGUGUUACAUAUUUGUUUCUUUUGUGUGUGUGUUGAAUUCGGUUUUCUGGAUGUAAUUAGCUGAGGAUAGUAAGAUGGAGGAGGUUGAUUAAGGUGGAUUACUAGUAGUGUUUACCUAAAGGUUGAAUCGGGUUUGACGAGGAAGCAAGAUGGAAGAGGUUGUUACUUGUUAAUAACUAGUGGUUUUUACCAAAGGAAGGCGUGUCUUGGGCCUGAUGGUUCUAAUUGUUUUCUAGUGGUAUAGUCUGUUACUUUUGUGUUUGUGUUGAAUUUGGUUUUCUGGAUGUAAUUAGGCCAAGUUCAAUCGUAUAAAUAAAUCUUUUGGUCCUUAA